CUGCCACUCUAUGCAGACACGUGCACGCUCCUCUCUUUUCGGUGAUGCAGUCAGAGAUUCCAGCGCUCGUGCUCAACAGGACGCCCAACUGAAAAAAAAGUGCUAAUUUAUAUAUAUUUUUUAAGACAAAUUAGGACCAAUUUCCCUCCUGUCUCUUUUUUGGGCCGUUUCUUCGUUGAUGCAGAUACCAAGGAGCAUUAUUUGAGGGAGUACUAUGGAUGAGCAAGCGAAGAAAAGCGGCUGAGGAUUGUUAACGGUUUGGAUGAAACGGAGGGUAAGCUUACUUUGCGACGACAUCGAAGAGGCAACAGGCAUGACUUUACUGUAGCAGCUCAAACAAGAGAAACAUCAUCCUGCAUGCAUCUGCCUCUCUGCUCUUUACUCGGUAGUAUCAUUUUCAAUUGAAGAACGUAAUUUAUUGGGGUAACGAUGGCUCACCUAAUACGACACAAGCUCUCCAACAAGCUGACCAAUGCGGCCCACACGGUGUCCAACAAAUCCCAGGCCAAGGUCAGCGGGGUGUUCGCCCGGCUGGGCUUCCAGGCCGCCACGGACGAGGAGGGUGUGGGGUUCGCCGAGUGCGACGACUUGGAUUAUGACUACAGGCAAGGGAUGCAAAUGGAUGUCCUCCAGGGAGAAGAUGAGGGGGGACAGGUGGAGGGCGAGGGGGAGCUGGAUGGAGACAGCCACUACCAGAGAGACGGCACCGGCCACGCGCCAGGCCUGAAGACAGGAGGCUCUCUGGACGAGGAGAAGCCAAAGAUCACGACGUGGGAAGCAGGCUGGAACGUCACCAACGCCAUCCAGGGCAUGUUCGUCCUCGGCCUACCGUACGCCAUCCUCCACGGUGGCUACCUCGGUCUCUUCCUCAUUAUCUUCGCCGCUGUGGUGUGCUGCUACACCGGGAAAAUCCUAAUCGCGUGUCUGUAUGAGGAGGACGAGGACGGAAGGCAAGUGCGCGUGAGGGACUCCUACGUUGACAUCGCCAAUGCCUGCUGCGCGCCCCGCUUCCCCGCGCUGGGCGGGCACGUCGUGAACGUGGCUCAGAUCAUCGAGCUGGUCAUGACGUGCAUCCUGUAUGUGGUGGUCAGCGGAAACCUGAUGGUCAACAGCUUCCCGGGGUUCCCCGUCUCCCAGAAAGCCUGGUCCGUGGUGGCCACGGUCGCGCUCCUGCCGUGCGCGUUCCUGAAGAACCUGAAGGCCGUGUCCAAGUUCAGCUUGCUCUGCACUCUCGCGCACUUCGUCAUUAACGUCCUCGUGAUCGCCUACUGCCUCUCCAGGGCACGCGACUGGGCCUGGGAUAAGGUCAAGUUUUACAUCGACGUUAAGAAGUUCCCCAUCUCCAUCGGCAUCAUCGUGUUCAGCUACACCUCCCAGAUCUUCCUCCCCUCCCUGGAGGGAAACAUGUCGAAACCCAGCGAGUUCCACUGCAUGAUGGACUGGACUCACAUCUCCGCCUGCGUCCUGAAGGGCCUCUUCGCCCUGGUGGCGUACUUGACUUGGGCAGACGCCACCAAAGAGGUCAUCACAGAUAACCUGCCUUCCACCAUCCGGGCUGUGGUGAACAUCUUCCUCGUGUCCAAGGCGCUGUUGUCCUACCCGCUGCCCUUCUUUGCUGCAGUGGAGGUCCUGGAGAAAUCCUUUUUUCAGGAUGGCGGGAGAGCCAUGUUCCCUGACUGCUACGGCCCUACUGGGCAGUUGAAAUCCUGGGGUCUGGGCCUGCGAAUUGGCCUGGUGGUGUUCACCCUGCUUAUGGCCGUCUUUGUCCCCCAUUUUGCCCUCCUUAUGGGUUUAACUGGGAGCCUCACCGGGGCUGGCCUGUGCUUCCUCCUGCCAAGCCUCUUCCACCUGAAGCUCCAGUGGAGGAAGCUCCUGUGGCACCACGUCUUCUUCGACGUUGCCAUUUUUGUUAUUGGGGGCAUAUGCGCCAUAUCUGGCUUCAUUCACUCGGUUGAAGGGCUCAUAGAGGCGUACACGUACGAUCUCCACGACUGAGAGCUUCAGAGAUGACCUUUAUUGAAUGGUGAUGUCUUGAAAUGCCGCGCUCCGGCAGGUUGUCAUGACGCAGACCUUAUUACAACAUCACGUUAGCCACUUGACAAAGAAGCUCGUGAGAAGGAUUAUUUGUGUGAAAUGUACAUCUUUUUAUUUUGCCUUCGUGAAAAUGUGCAAUAAUGAACUCUACAAUCAUAGUGUAAAGUAGUCUACUCAUUCCAGAAAACAUGUUUUAUUCACUGGACAGACAAGCUCCGCAUAAAAAAGGGGGAGGGGGGUGGGGGGUGGCGAAUACGCGGGGAUUUACAUGUCCAGGUAUCAGUCUUCAUGCAAAGUUGUCAAAGAUCCAGUAAAAAUAUCCGCCAUGGGUCUUACUGUGAGUGUGUACGUGUUUAUAUUUGGGAAUGAAAUAAGUGAAAACAAUGGAGUGAAUAUGUUAUGAGCUGCUUGAAAUUUCAUUAAUCCCAUCAGAGAAAAUAUGACAACAAGGCACCAAUCAGGUGCUGGGUGGAUCAUAAUAAUAAUAAACAAUGAAAACCGUAUGUGUAGUUGUUUAAACAGAAUUUAUUUAUUUCAGUUCGUUUUUGUGUUUUAUUUUCCAUCUUUUGCCUAUAGUAGUCUUCGUUGGCUUGUUUGUUUUCUUGGUGUUUCAAGUGUCAUUCUGGAUGAAGUGAUUUCAAAGUGCAAGCUGGUGCAAAGUGGGUCCUAAUUGUGUUAUAUGAAGAAAAAAAAGUCUGAUAAUAUUCUCUUCCUAUUGAACUUGUUAAAUGUGAUUUAAUGGAACUAAUCAUGGUGUGUGAGACCAAGAGUAUUUGUUGAAUU